UUCUUUGCAGCCACAGCAGAUGUUUAUAGGAAUGAGGGUAAUGAGGCCUUCAAGAAAGGAGAUUUCAUCAAUGCUAUUCAUUUUUACACCAAAGGAAUUAAAAUGAACUGCAAUGAGAAAGAACUGAAAGCCAAACUGCACAACAACAGGGCUAUUGCACAUUCUAAACUUGGUAAGAUGAUGAGAGCUUUAAUAGACAUUUUUUUUCUCUUUUGAAGCUAAUGGGCUGUCAAUAGUAGUUUUCUGAAAAAAGAGAUAAUUUUGAAUGCAUGCCCGGAAAAAUUAAGAUACAUCUCAACUUGGCCUCUCAAAUAUACAAAGAAGUAACCUCUUACCCAAAUAUCAACAAGCAUCACAAGUUCUUCCCAAAAUUAUAGUAAUGGUAGUUGGUUUGCAACAUGUAUGGCAAAUCAGAGAUAUUUAUUUCACUAACAGGAAAUCACCAGGAUUCACUAAGGGAUGCAGAAGCAGCCAUUGAGUUAAAUCCAACUUUCCUUAAGGCAAUUGUGAGAGGUUAGAUAUGUUAGCUGUGCUAUAAUAAUAAUAUUAAUAAUAAUAAAAAUAAUAAUAAUAAUAAUAAAAGAACUCAACACUCUAAGGUUGAAUGAGGUUAAAUGAAAUUCAAUCUUGUCUCAAUUGACUUUAAUUAAGAGGUGGAGACCACCUUGGUGUACAUUUAAAUCCAGCUCUUGACUGUUAUGCCAUUUAACUUUCCAUUAAUUUAAUGAUGAGAAUAUUAUUUUGAGCGGGAUGAAGAACUCAAUGUGAAAGCAAAAUUUUGGCAAGAAUAUUUUAGUUCCUUAAGUUCAAUGAGUCACAGGUUUCAGUUAUGUUAAGUCACUAUCUAGCUCUUUUAAAAAAAGAAGUAAGGAUCAAGACUUACCUAACUCGUGAUUUUGUGGGAAUUGUUGGUCCCAAUUUAAUAAAUGUUCUUAGAAGUUUCAGUUGUCUUAAAAGCUAAAUAAAUCUAACUGAAACCUAAUAGGGCCUGUUUAUUCUUUUCCACUUGGUUUCUUUGUUUUGUUUUGUCUUUUUUUUCUUCUAGUCUGUAAUGAUUUCAAUGGUUUCAGGUUCUUUUCUCAGAAUUGAGCUAUGAUACAACUAUAAUUUAGCUUUUUUGUGUUGUUACCUACAGGAGCCACUGCUUGUGUUGAAUUGAAGAGAUUUGAAGAAGCAAUCACUUGGUGUGAUAAGGGACUAGCUGUAUCCUUUGAAGAAAUCUUUCAUUUUUAA